AUGGCUGGUUUGAUUCUGAUGACAGUGGCCUCCAAGAAGCUGAAGGCCCUGCAAGAAGGGCUUCUAACCGACGUUGUCUUCCUUGUCGGAGAAAACGACGAAACGGCGAUGGAAAUUCCGGCUUUUAAAAUCGAGCUCAUUGUGAGCAGCAAGUAUUUCGCCAACCUAUUCAACAACAAUCUGACCCUGAAAUCUGAUGAGAAAGUCAGGUUGAAGAACAUCGAGCCUCAAGUCUUCCUUUUCAUUGUCGAGUUUACUCACCUGAGUGGACGGCUGGUGUCCGACGUGGACAGCCUGGAGACGUGCCUGAAGCUGGCGUGUGCCGCUGAGGAGUUCAUGAUUGAAGACCUGGCUGCUUUGUGUUCCAAACUGCUCGAGGACAAGUUCCUCAGUUUUGAAAACGUGUGGGCCGUGCUCAGCGAGCACCUCAUGGUCCAGAGCAUCGCUUCGCCGUGUCUGCAAUUUCUAUGUUUGGAGACAAGAGAGUGUUUGUUGAAGGAGAAAAGCUUCCUUGACGCCAGCGAGGAGGCCGUCAAGCUUUUCGUAACUCUGGAAAAGAUGAAUAUUUCCGAGUCUGAACUGUUGGAAGCGUGUCUUGAUUACGCAUCAAACAAAGAGGAUCAAAGGGAUGUGUUUCGCCGAUGUUUUCUGCGCGACCUUCGAAUUCUCGCUCUCGACUCGGUUGACCUUAUUAAAUUGGCUCCUUUUCUCACUUCUGAGGAAAAAAUCAGCAUUGUCAGCUGCACGAGUCCUUUAACGAAGAUGAUCGGAGCAGCCCCGCAGCUUUCGCCUGGUCUCUGCCCAAUUUCAGAGGAGAGAUCAGAAAAGAUCGUGAUCGUUGGCGAGCAAACGCUGACUUUGAUUCCAGACUGCCACAUCCUGAGCCCUAAAGAGAUUUACCUAAAAAUGGACAAUAUAGCGAAUUAUAUCUUUGGUCCAGAUGUCCACGAUACUUUCGUUUUAACUCUACAGUCUAGAAAAAGCAUCAAGAUUUUGGGCGUUGAAAUCGUCAACGGCUUGGACUUUCACGACGUAGCCUUUGGAGGUGGCGGCGAAAGUGUUUCUCGAAAAACACUACAAUUUGAAUUGAUCGAGUUCUCCGUCACGAGUCCUUUGGAGUACGACGGCUUGCGAGUUCAUCAUGAAGUCAAGCAGGAUGAAAAUUCUGUUACCGAAUCUGGAGGUUGCACCUUUGUAAAGCUUUCUACUCUUGUUCCUGCUGGAGCGAUUUUCGUUUUCAAGGCGAGGUUCAAAGAAAACACUUUCUUGAGAAAGUUGUCCUUCUACGCCGACGACCUGAAAAGAUUCAACGAGGAAGCCACCAUGAACGUGAGUUUGGUCAAAAUGGGAUUCGUAACGUGUGGCCCAAAUGAAGUUCUCGUCGUUGCAGGUGUUGGCCACAGGAAACCAAAGCUCGUUCCUGGAGGGGUCGUCUUCGUGUGGCCGUGCAUCCAGCAAGUUAACAAGCUCAACCUGAACACAAUGACGAUUCAAAUAACGAGCAACAAAGUGUACUCGAUUCAGGGUGUGCCCGUCUCCGUGACAGGAAUCGCUCAGGUCAAGAUCCAGAGCCAGCACGAAGAGAUGCUGGAGAGAGCUUGCGAGCAGUUCCUGGGCAAAGGGCAGGACGAGAUCAAGAACAUCGCCCACGAAACCAUGGAGGGCCACCAGCGGGCCAUCAUCGGUUCGAUGACCGUCGAGGAGAUCUUCCAGGACCGCAAGAAGUUCAGCCAACAUGUGUUCGACGUCGCGUCCUCCGACCUGAUCAACAUGGGCAUCUCAGUCGUCUCCUACACCCUGAAGGACGUCCAUGAUGAAGAGGUAGGCUCUGAUUGCCCUUGGACUGGUGUAAAAAUGAGUUUUUAGGGCUACCUGAUUGCCCUGGGCAUGGCCAGGACGGCCGAGGUGAAGCGAGACGCGCGGAUCGGUGAAGCAGAGGCGCGCAAGGACGCCAGCGUCCAGCAGGCCAAGGCUGAGGAGGAGCGGAUGGCCGCCCGCUUCGUCAACGACACGGAGAUCGCCAAGGCCAAGAGGGACUUCGAAAUCAAGAAGGCGGCCUACGACGCCGAGGUCAACGCCAAGAAAGCCGAAGCGGAACUCGCCUACGAGCUGCAGGCCGCCAAGACCAGGCAGCAGAUCCAGGAGGAAAACAUGCAGAUUAAGGUUGUGGAGCGAACUCAGGCGGUGGCGGUUCAGGAGCAGGAGAUCGUGCGUCGGGAACAGGUCCUGGAGGCGACGGUGCGCAAGCCGGCCGAGGCUUCCAAGUUCCAGUUGGAGACCCUGGCCGCCGCAAACCGCAACAAGGUCAUCCUGGAAGCGGAAGCAGAAGCCGAGGCGUUGAGGGUGCGCGGCGAGGCCGAGGCCGCUGCCUUGCAGGCCAAGGCGGCCGCAGAGGCCGAGCAGAUGGCCAAGAAGGCCGAGGCGCUCAACGAGUACCAGGAGGCGGCCAGGGUGGCAAUGAUGCUCGACGCCCUGCCAAAGAUCACGGCCGAGGUGGCCAAGCCGCUGACCCAGGCCAAGAAGGUGACCAUGGUGUCCACCGGCGACGGCCAAAUUGGAGCCGCCAAACUGACCGGAGAGGUGCUCGACAUGGUCACACGCAUGCCACAACUCGUCAAACAGCUCACUGGAGUCGAUAUUUCAUCCAAUUCUGCUAUGGUGCCUAUGGCGUAG